CUGUUCCAACUUUUGUUGAAUCAUCUCAAUGGCCUGUGGUGGUGCGAAUCAACAUUCAAUAUCAGGACAGUUGAAUCUUUCAUCCCAAACCUAUCAAAAAGCAGCUUCCAAGAGAAGAAGAUACCGCCGCUGCAAAAGUGCCCCAGCAGUCGAAUCUAUUUCUCUACAUAGUAACCACUCGACCUCAAUUCAACAUUCGGAAUCCACUGUUCAAAAACACCACACAAGUUCUAUUAAAGUAAUCAUCAUCUUGGCCAUUUACCUUGGUGUUGGCACUGUCUGCUUCUACCUCACCCGGCAUCAGAUGAAAGGAAAGAAAACCAAUGGAGUUGUAGAUGCUGUCUAUUUCUGUAUUGUAACAAUGACCACGGUCGGAUACGGAGACAUCGUCCCGGACAGCGUAGCUACAAAACUGCUUGCCUGUGCUUUUGUCUUCACAGGCAUGGCUCUUAUAGCACUAUGUCUGAGCAAAGCUGCAGACUAUCUGGUAGAAAAGCAGGAAACAUUGCUAGUCAGAGCUUUAUACAUGUAUAAAGAUGUCGGUAUGGCUGAGAUCUUAAAGGAGAUGGAAACCAACAGAGUGAGAUACAAAUGUUUCAUGGUUUUUCUUCUUCUUCUGGUAGUAAUCAUUGGUGGAACAGUGUUCCUAUCUAAAGUGGAGGAGUUGAGCUUCAUUGAUUCAUUUUAUUGUGUUUGUUGUACAAUCACAACCCUAGGGUAUGGAGAUGUGAGCUUCACCACCAAAGCAGGAAGGGCUUUUGCUGUAUUUUGGAUACUGACGGGAACUAUUUCUUUAGCGCAGUUCUUCCUCUACCUUGCUGAGCUUAACACUGAAAGAAGGCAAAAGAAGUUGGUCAAGUGGGUUCUUGAUAGGAAAAUGACAAACGCAGAUUUGGAGGUUGCUGAUCUUGACGAGGAUGGGGUUGUUGAUGUUUCUGACUUCAUCAUCUAUAAGCUGAAAGAGAUGGGGAAGAUCAGCGAAGAAGAUGUUUCAAUUGUAAUGAAGGAGUUCGAAAAACUUGAUAUUGAUCAGUCAGGAACAUUGUCAGCCGUUGAUAUAACACUUGCUCAAUCCUUUCAAGCUAUUGGAUGA